ACUGAUAAUUAACAGAGAGAGAGAAAAAACUCAUAGAAAUCAUCAAUGCUUAUUGGCGACUUGUUAACUGUUUCAUCAACCAUCAUCAUCUUCAUCAUCAUAGUAAUAAUGAUCAUCAUUAUUUACACCAUUUACUCAUUAGCCCCUUAACUGAAAACCCUCCGUGUAUUUUGCUGAUGUUACCUUUGUAAAUUUUUUUCUCUCUCACUUGCUCUCUCUCUCUCUCUAUCCGUCAUUCUAACGGUAUUUUAGCUCUUUUAUUACUUUAGAAUGAAAAAGUUUCUCUUUCUCUGUCUUCCUUUUUGUCUUCUUCUAAAAACCUUUGCUCAUUUAUCUUCAAAUGAGCUUAACUAAACAGAUAAUUCACCUUGAAUUUUUUUUCUGCCCCAGGGGCAAGUUGUUGUUCUUCUUGUUGUACCUUAAAUACACAACGACGACACAACGUUUGAGGUUCAACACAACAAACAGUUAUAUCUAUUUAACCUUUACGGUGUUUUCGAGUUGAUUGUUUAGAUAAAAAACAAAGGUAAAGGUAUUCGAUCAUUAGAAACCUUUUACCUUUUCUCUCUCUCUCUCUCUCUCUCCUUAGAUCUCAUUUCUAUCAGUUCGAUGAUGAUAUUUUUUACUCUUCUUUUCUCUUUCUUUCAUUUUACUUACCCUUCUCAUCUCUAACCCUUUGACCAGCCCCUAAAAAGAUACCUUUCGAUAGUUCUAAGCGAACUGACCAAUCGAUGAUAACGAGAGAAAGGUGAACUCUCUCUCUCUCGUUUUUUCAUCUCUCUCUUUCUCCUCCUUCCUCCCCAUUCCCUUUCUUCUCCUCAUCUUCUCUGUGCUUCUUUACUGUUAAGGAAAAAAACGGGGGUAAAAAAGUAGAAGAAAAUUUCCCCAAUAUCUUCAUCUUCUUUUACUCCCAUCAUCUUAUUCUCCAUCGUCUUAGCUCCUUGCGUUUUCUCUCUCUCUCCUUCUCUUUCCAUCAUAAUCUUCUCGCUCUCUCUCUCUCUCUCUCUCUUCUACUUGGUUGUUGUACUUUCUUCGUUCCUUAACAGUUUCCCUAAGAACCUUGACAAUGAAAGGUCCAAACGGUGAAGGUCUUAACCUACGAAGUGAUUCGAUAUACAAAACCCUAACCUCAACCCCCGACCUUCACACCGAUGAAUAUUUACACCAAAAAGCCAAGCUUCGUAGAAUGGAAGAUGGAGCUUGGGAUUUAAAUUCCAUCAACGAAGAGGAAUUUGAUACAUUAGCUGUUUACGUUGUGCCUGAUCAAACGUGCGAUGAAAUAACGACCGAAGUUAAUCGUGCGAAAUCAUCAUUACCUCGAAAUUUAGUAUUAAAACCAUCACAAUCUUGUAGCGAUGUUCUCGGCGUUUGGGGGACAGAUUACAUACCAAGAGGCACACGCUUUGGUCCCUUGGUUGGUGAAAUCUACAAACGAGAUGAAGUGCCCGAAGAUGCCAAUCGACAAUACUUUUGGAGAGUCUAUAGAGAUAAAAGUGAAUACGAUUACAUCGAUGGGUACGAUGUUACCAAAGCCAAUUGGAUGCGCUACGUUAAUCCAGCAUUUUCGUCGGAAAGUCAAAACCUGGUUGCAUGUCAAAUCUCAAAUGGAAUCUAUUUCUACACAAUUAAACCCAUCAUGCCCAAUCAAGAACUACUUGUCUGGUAUUGCCGAGAAUUUGCCCAAAGAUUAAAUUUACCUUCUUCAGGUGAACUUGUAACGUGUCAAAAAUUGAACAAUAAUAAAGAGUAUUAUGGUGGAAACACACGAACCGAAGGUAGUACCCGAAGUGAUGAAGGUUAUCACAGUAAUUGUGGACCCGAUGAUGCCUCAACCCCACCCGAAGAUAGUAGUGAUAGCGAUAGUGAUAACAAUUAUGUUUUAGAUUUUUCUGUUAAAAGUAAACGCGCUGAUAAAGAUCGCAAUAAAAUAAACAAGUUGGAAGUUAGUAAGCAAUUAAAUGAUAAAAAUGAAUUCCACCGUUUCAAGAUCAAAAUGCCUCGAGUAUAUAAUUGUCUGGACACUGAACGGAUUCGUGAACCAGUUCAUGUUAACGUAUCUCAACCUGGUCAUAAUCUUUAUCCCGUUUACAAUAAUAACAAGAAGAAUAGUUUACAAAUUGGUUGUAAUUUAAAUCUUCAAUUACAUUCACCUGAUUCAACUGAGAAAACUGAUACUUUCUCAUCAACAUCUUCAACAACCUCAUCUAAAUCAUUCUCACCCACCUCAUCUUCACCAGCAUUACUUUCAUCAUCUAAAUCAUUUUCACCAAGCUCAUCAUCACCAGCAUUAUUAUCAUCAUUAUUAACCCUUUCAUCGUCAACCUCACUCUCAUCACCAGCAUUAACAACCUCAUCUUCAGCCUCACCUUCAGCCUCAAAGGAGCAUCUUCUACAUCAUCAUCAUCACCAUUCUCAUAACAAUAAUCAUCUUCAUCUUCAUCACCAUCAUCAUCAUAAUAAUCAAAAUAACGGUGAUUUUAUCUCUUCCAAUGGUUCACCUUCAAGUAACACUGGAAGUGGUAAUGGUGGAGGUUCAAGUGGAUUUCCUGGUUUAUAUUUUAAUCGAGAUGUUGAUGGUGUUAAAUUAGCACCACUUUCAUCAGCUGAAUUAAAUCAUCACAAUAGUACCAAUAAUAAUCUUCCUCAUCACAAUUUUCCCUCCCAUUUGUCACAUCUCUCUCAUCUUCCUCAUCUUCCUCAUCUUCCCUUACUUCCUAUUCCAACUCCUCAUCAUGAAAGUUCCUCACCCACCUCAAGUAUAGCGACAAAUGAUGUCGGUCAAUUGUCACCCGGUUCUGCUCAUGGUCGAGGUUACCGGUCACUUCCUUAUCCAUUGAAAAAGAAAGACGGUAAAAUGCAUUACGAAUGUAAUAUUUGUAUGAAAACUUUUGGUCAACUUUCUAAUCUUAAGGUUCAUCUUCGAACUCAUUCCGGUGAAAGGCCAUUUAAAUGUGGAACUUGUACCAAAUCUUUCACCCAAUUGGCUCACCUUCAAAAGCAUAAUCUUGUUCAUACCGGUGAAAAACCUCAUCAAUGUGAUGUUUGUAAAAAACGAUUCUCAUCAACAAGUAACCUUAAAACCCACCUUCGUCUUCACAAUGGACAAAAACCUUAUGCUUGCGAUCUCUGUCCAGCCAAGUUCACUCAAUUUGUCCAUCUAAAGUUACAUAAAAGGUCACACACAAAUGAACGACCUUAUACUUGCUCAGCCUGUAAUAAGAAAUAUAUUUCCGCUUCCGCAUUACGCAGCCAUUGGAAAAAUACCUCAUGUCAACCCAACGAAAUAGAUGAUCCUUAUAUCGAUAUUGAAAAUUCAAAUUCAUCCUCAUCAUCACCAAUUAAUGCUCAUAUUUCAGAAAGUAUCGCACUUUUUGAUAGUCAUUUUCAUAUUUAACUCACAUAACAAGAAAAAAAACAAAUCAAACCAACAAAAUUUGGGGAAAUUCAUCAACAACAACAACAACAACAAAAUCUUCAUAUUCAUCAUCAUCUUUUCUCAUCACCAUCAUCCCACCGUCAUCAUCAAUUCCAUCAACGAUACCACCGUCAAUAAAAUCAUCAAAAAAUUUUCUUCUUUUCUCUUUGCACCACUGAAAAUUAUCAUCUCUCUCUCUCUCUCUCACUCUUAUAAAGAUGUUUAAUUUCAUUCUAUUUAUCGUAACAUCCUCAUCAUCAUCGUCAUCAUCAUCAACAAAACAAAACAAAAC